AUGGCGCUGAGAGGCGCCUCCGCCUUGCUGUUGAGCCACGGUCCCCGCCUGCGAGUCCUGCGCACGUGGGGCUCGGCAGCGUCGCAGACGGAGAAGAACGGGAAGACACAGAACCGACCAACCAAGUCUUCACGUCCGCAGUUUGACUGGAGGGACCCGCUGGUUCUGGAGGAGCAGCUGACGGCAGAUGAGAUCCUCAUCAGGGACACCUUCCGCACCUACUGCCAGGAGCGCCUCAUGCCCCGCAUCCUGUUGGCCAAUCGCAACGAAGUUUUUCAUCGGGAGAUCAUCUCGGAGAUGGGGGAGCUGGGCAUGUUGGGCCCCACCAUCAAAGGUUAUGGCUGUGCCGGGGCCUCGUCUGUGGCCUAUGGGCUCCUGGCCCGAGAGCUGGAGCGUGUGGACAGCGGCUAUAGGUCUGCAAUGAGUGUCCAGUCCUCACUCGUCAUGCACCCUAUCUAUGUUUAUGGCAGCGAGGAGCAACGGCAGAAGUACCUGCCCCGGCUGGCCAAAGGGGAGCUCCUGGGUUGCUUUGGGCUCACAGAGCCCAACCAUGGGAGUGAUCCUGGCAGCAUGGAGGCCAGAGCCCGCCAUAACCCAUCCAGCAAGAGCUACACCCUCAAUGGAGCCAAGACCUGGAUCACCAACUCGCCUGUGGCUGACCUCUUUGUGGUAUGGGCUCGGUGUGAAGAUAGCUGUAUUAGGGGCUUCCUACUGGAGAAAGGGAUGCGGGGCCUCUCGGUCCCCAAGAUCGAGGGCAAGUUCUCCUUGCGGGCCUCGGCCACUGGCAUGAUCCUCAUGGAUGACGUGGAGGUGCCGGAGGAGAACGUGCUGCCCAACGCAUCUGGCCUGGCGGGUCCCUUUGGCUGUCUAAACAACGCCCGGUAUGGCAUCACAUGGGGCGUGCUUGGAGCUGCUGAGUUCUGUUUGCACACAGCCCGCCAGUACACCCUGGACAGGGUCCAGUUUGGCGUCCCAUUAGCCAGGAACCAGCUGAUCCAAAAGAAGCUGGCAGACAUGCUCACUGAGGUCACACUGGGUCUUCAUGCCUGCCUGCAGCUUGGCCGUUUGAAGGAUCGAGACAAGGCCACCCCAGAAAUGGUCUCUCUGCUGAAGAGGAAUAACUGUGGGAAAGCCCUAGACAUCGCCCGCCAGGCCCGAGACAUGCUGGGAGGUAAUGGGAUUUCUGAUGAAUACCAUGUGAUUCGACACGUCAUGAACCUGGAAGCAGUGAACACCUAUGAAGGUACACAUGACAUUCAUGCGCUGAUCCUGGGAAGAGCAAUCACGGGAAUUCAGGCGUUCACGGCUGGCAAAUGA